UCGAGCGGUGCCCUGGCCGCAGUGCCCCGCGGCAGGGCGGCGUAAAGCGGGCGGUGGAGAAGGGGGUUUCAUUCAGAGAGCUCCGAGGGGAGGUAAUUCGCCGGGAACAAGGGGCAGGCUUUGCAAAGUAUAAAUAGUGCCACUUCAAUCGCGGCGGCUCUAUCAGACCCCGAGAGCCCUGCACGUCGGGCGGCACGGUACGGUAACGGUAACGGUAACGGUACGGCUCGGUACGGCCCGGGGCGCAGCCGCCGCCCGCCCCGUGGAUGCCCACCCGGGGAACCGGGGCAGCGCGCCCCUGAGCCGCGGCCAUGGAGGAGCUGACGGCGUUUGUCUCCAAGUCGUUUGAUCCCAAAGCGAAGGAGAAGAAGGAACUCAUCACCUACCGGGAGGUGCUGGAGAGCGGGCCCCUCCGAGGCGGCGGCGGAGGAGGAGGAACGCGGGACACCGGCGGAACCGCGGCGGAACCGGGCCGCGACGAAGCGGGCAGCCCCGCGGCGCGGGUGGGCGGCGGGCGGUCCCCGCCGCGGGAGCCCGACGCCGCCGCCGCCGCCGAGAGAGCCGCCGAGGCGGCCACCCCCAAGCUCAGCGACGUCUCCCCAGAGCUGAAGGACCGCAAGGAGGAUGCGAAAGCAAUGGAAGACGAAGGGCAGACGAAAAUCAAGCAGAGGAGGAGCCGGACGAAUUUCACCCUGGAGCAGCUGAACGAGCUGGAAAGGCUUUUCGACGAGACCCACUACCCGGACGCCUUCAUGCGGGAGGAGCUGAGCCAGAGGCUGGGGCUCUCCGAGGCCAGGGUGCAGGUCUGGUUCCAGAACCGAAGAGCCAAAUGCCGAAAGCAAGAAAACCAACUCCACAAAGGGGUGCUGAUCGGCGCCGCCAGCCAGUUCGAAGCUUGCCGGGUGGCCCCGUACGUGAACGUGGGCGCGCUGCGGAUGCCCUUCCAGCAGGUUCAGGCGCAGCUGCAGCUGGACAGCGCCGUGGCCCACGCACAUCACCACCUCCACCCGCACCUGGCCCACGCACCCUACAUGAUGUUCCCCGCACCCCCCUUCGGGCUACCGCUGGCCACCCUGGCCGAGUCCGCCUCCGCCGCCUCCGUGGUGGCCGCCGCCGCCGCCGCCAAGACCACCAGCAAGAACUCCAGCAUCGCCGACCUCCGCCUGAAGGCCAAGAAACACGCCGCCGCCCUGGGGCUGUGACCGGGCUCGCUCGCUUUUCUUUUUUUUUUUUUGUUUUUAAAUAAAAAAAAAGGGGAAAAAAGGAAAAAAAAAAAAAAAGACGAGGGAGAGGAGAAACUGACGGGAGAUAUAUACUUAUUUAAAGAAUUAGAGGAACUAGACGCGCAGCUGGGAAGUUCACAGGUUUUGAAACUGACCUUUUUCUGCGAAGUUCACUUUAAUACGAGAAAUUUGAUAAGAGAGGCGGGCCUCCUUUCACGUUGCAUCAGAUACUUGAGUUUAACAACCACGUCUGGAAUAGCGACAAAAAGAAGAGAGAAAGACGACAACGAAGAGGGGAAAAAAAAAAAAAAAAAGGGAAAAAAAAAAAAAGAGACAAUGAUUUCUCUGCGAAUUUCUAAUGGGAAACUGUCCGGGAUACUUCCUCCAGCAGCAUUCCGGCUUGCAUGUAUUUGUAUUUCAUUGAUGGAGUCCUUUGAUUCACUUGCACUUCACCCUCAUCUUUAGUAGAAAACAAAACAAAACAAAACAAACAAACGUGGCUGGGUUCUUUCUCUUUUAAUCUUGGAGGGAAGCAGAAAGAGAGAGGGAGAUCAAGCACUACCUUUUCCACUCUUAAAUCUUUGUUGGUCGUUUGCUGUCCCACCUCUGAAAUAAAAGGGAGUGGAAAGCAUCAGGAGAGCGGAGUGUGCCUCCCUUUGCCGGGUGUCUCUUGUCCUGAGGGCAAAAACAAAAGAAAAAAAAAAAGAAAAAGAAAAAAAAAGAGUAUUUAAUUCCCAACCACCACUUUACACAACGGCAAAUUCCAAUAAGAGGUACUGGGUACAUGUAAAAUAUGUUGAUACACACGAACAAAGUUUAUUUUGGCUAUAACUUGUGAAUUGAUAGUUGACUGUCAAACAUUUACAUUUUAUCUCAUAAAGGUGUAUCUAUUCACGUAAUCUUGUGAUUUUUUUUAUUAUUAUUAUUAUUAUUUGAAAGACGUAUAGCUAUUUAACCUGGGGUACCUUGCAGUCGGUGAUUGUUAUCCCAGUUUGCCAUCAGACCCUCAUGCUUAUUGCCAAGACAGAGGGAAAGCUCUUCUACGCGAACUUUGGUAUGGAUGGGCUUUGUAUCUAUUUGUUCUCCAUGAAAACAAAAUUAUUUAUAUUGACCAUAUUUUUUCUAGUGUAUUUUAAGUUAUUUAAAAAAGGGGGAAAAAAAGAAAAAAGAUGCUGUUAUUUCAUUACAUUUGUUGUCAGUACAAUAUAUUUUGUUUCACUCAGGUUUGCUUCACCUUUUUUAGUCCAUUUUCGACGUCACGAAUUUCAAUAAGUGCCAAGUAAUGAAUUUAAGACACUUUGCGACCUAUUGACUGACAAGGGUAACGUUUUAGUGGACGGCUUCACGUCACUUCUGGUACUGUUAAUAUUAAAUCGUCGGUGAUAUUGUUUCUUUUCUGUGUUUACACCUUCUGUAGAGCUCGCACGUUUCUUUCUGCUCCGUAGAAAUCGCGACAAACCGAUAGCACGACGAGGAAGCACCGCUCACCUCUGCGCAUCUUUUGUUACCACUUUAUAUGAGUUUUCCUGAGUUUCGGCUUCACAAAACUUAACGCGGCGUUUUGGUUUGGCUUUCUUUUGAAGAAAAAUAGACCGGUGGAAGUUA